AAUCCCAGUUAACCAUGCCAUUUACUUAUACAGACUAAAAGUAGUUAUUUUGUAACACAAUCUUGUCACAUUUUCGGCAUCCGGAUGUUUACGAUCAUACCAUUAUUUUAAUAGAUCAUAGAGACAAAAGCGUACAAAACACGAAAUGGCUCCUGUUUUUGGAAAGGGGUUGGGAACUCAAUCAACCUCAUUUGCACAGGACGAUGUGACGGAAAUCGUGAGUCCCAGGAUCCUGCAUUAUUCAAGUUCGUCGAUUUGCAUCGGUGGGACGAACAACGAUUCGGACUUCAACACUUCAUCGCGAGGCAUUGUGGACUUUGAGAAAAUCAUCGAGUUGGAUGAUAUUUCCAACACCUUUGAGAUUGAAAUACCCAGCACAUCCUUUGCGGCUAGAGACAAGUCCUUUGCAAACUUUCUCCUGGAUUUUUACAUGGCUCGUGACAGCAAGGGUGAUAUGCACGAAGCAGCUGCCAUGUGGGUUCAAUUGCCAGAAAAUCACAAAGAAGCUUACAAAGCGGAGAACUAUGUCCUCAAAUUAUUUUCCAAAUGUGAUAACAGUGAUGAGAUGUUUCACCCGGAAAAGAAAAUGGAUGUUGAUAUUCAUGAAUAUAACAAUGAUAAUGAAAAGGUUGGAAACAAUGAGGUUGAGGAGCCAAAAACAAAAGCAUCGCGACAAUAUUAUAAGGAAAAGAAACCGACCAAUAAACUGCAAAAACCAUUAAUGCGGCUGAGGCUAAAAUUGAAGGCAGUCAAAAAAGCGAGUUCAAUCCUCGACUCCUCCGGCAGUUCGCAAUCGCAAAGCCAGUAAUACCUCGGAUAGUAAAGAUGCCGAAACUCAUCCUAGUCCUAAGCAAAAUAGAAAAAAAAGAAUGAUGCCCAGUAACUCCGUGAGCUUUUGCAGCGUAAGUUCGUCAAUUGAAGUAUUUGCCCAUCGGUUCUGGCCGAAAAGGUUAUUUCCCACAUUACCAGAAUUUUCUGUUCCAAUUUCAACGAAAAAAUCCCAACCGACUAGCCGUUGAAGCCAAUUCUAUAUGGCGAAGUAUGAUGUAUGGAGUAUGAUAGUAUCAAACUAAAGUAAACAAUAUUUAAAAUUAUUUCGUAGUUUUAUAAGAUCAAUUUUCUGAUUGAAAUAAAUAUAUUUUUCUUAUUUAUCAAAAACAAAAUU